AUGAUUUCUCUUGCUCCCGCUCUUCUUCUCUUACUGCCAGUUGUAUCUGGUCGUGCACUUCCCACGGAUGAAGCUGCACAAAACACUACAGAGGCGAGAGCCGGAUGCUCUCUCCCAUCAACAUACAGCUGGACAUCAACUGGCUCACUAGCCAACCCGGCUUCCGGAUUCCUCGCUCUGAAAGAUUUCACCCACGUUCCAUACAACGGUCAACAUCUCGUAUAUGCGUCUGACGUCAACAAUGGAGGAAACUACGGCUCCUUGAGCUUUGCCCUCUUCUCAGACUGGAACUCAAUGGGCUCAGCUGCACAGCACACCAUGAACACAGGAGCUGUUGCUCCUCAACUUUUCCAUUUCACUCCCAAGAACAUUUGGGUACUGGCCUAUGAAUGUGACCCCACAAAUCCAAAUGGAUGGUCAUCGCCUCAGGCGCUCUACUCUGGAAGCACCGGCUCCAGCACGGGGCCCAUUGAUCCAGCUAUCAUCGGCGACUCACAGAACAUGUAUCUCUUCUUUGCGGGGGAUAACGGCAAGAUCUACCGAGCCAGCAUGCCUAUCGGUAAUUUCCCAGGCAACUUUGGUUCAUCAGCACAAGUGGUCCUGACCGAUUCGACCAACAACCUCUUCGAGGCCGUUCAAGUGUAUUCCGUCCAGGGCCAAAACCAAUAUCUCAUGAUCGUGGAGGCAAUCGGGUCGAACGGAAGAUACUUCCGCUCAUUUACAGCCAGCAGUCUUAGUGGUUCAUGGACACCACAAGCCACAAGCGAGUCGGCACCUUUCGCAGGCAAGGCAAACAGCGGCGCCAGCUGGACCAACGAUAUCAGCAGUGGUGAUUUGAUUCGAGCCAGUGCUGACCAGACGAUGCCCAUUGAUCCUUGCAAUUUGCAGUUCCUCUAUCAGGGCCGAGCUACCAACUCUGGCGGCACUUAUAAUGACUUGCCUUACCGUCCAGGUUUGCUUACGCAUAAAUAG